AUGCUUCGAGACAGUGUCCGCCAGUUGGAGACGCCUGUCCCGUUCAUGCUCGAGGUCGCCGCGCAACGCAAGAGUUACGCGAUCAAAGAGGCUCUCAGGGACACACGCUCCCCCACGAUAGUUUGGAGAGCGUUUUCCCUCGACCUUUCACCUCCAUUGGAGGACUCUCGCGGUGGACAGAGCUAUCUAGUUGAGCAGCUGUUGAACCACCGCGAUGUGAACGGACGUCGGACGAGUUAUCUCGUCCGGUGGCGCGGCUAUCCCUCGUCCUGGGAUUCUUGGGAGCCCCGCUCCCAAUUGAUGGUUGACGUACUGGGUCUGGUUGAGCAGUACGACGCGGCACAUUCUGUGCCGCAGAAGGACCGCCGGAGAAAGUCUUCCCGGCACGGUCGUAAAGGGAUUUCAGAUUGUCAAUCCCUUCGUACAUCUCAGUAG